GGUCGGUUCGGCGCUGAAAUCCUAGACCUCCUAUUGAAGAAAAUACGGAAAUCAAAGAUAUCUAGAACUGGCCGUAACGGAAGAAUCUGGACAUAAAUUGCACGUCCUUAUCUCUCAUGCAUGCUGGUCUUUGCCGUCAUAUUUGUGAGAUCCACUGGCUGCUCACUUUGUAUCGUAAGCUUAUCAUCGUCCGUACUCUUGAGCAGCGGAUCAUCGCAGAUGGAGUCUGGUCUUCGAGUGGUCUGGGGUAUCCCUGCUCAUGUACAUCUGCUGACCUACAUUGGCUCACAUAUCGUGAAGCGUCAUGCACAAUCGAUGCCCCGUACUGAUAUUGUGCUCGGCGGCUGGAGAUAUACGGCGAUCAUGGUGCCAACCAGCCUAUCGGAUACACCGAGUUGCGCAUGCAACCUUGCCUAGCGUAAGUGGGGAAGACGGUGGCGAAUAUUCGCGAACGCUCAAGUUCAAAAAAGCUUAGAGAUAUCGCAUUAUCGCGCUUAUCGUCGGGUCGUGGCAAG